AUGUCAAGUGAUGAAGAAGAUUAUAUGUCCGAUGCAUUUCUUCAGAAAUGCGGUGACACUCGACCAGGUCUCAUUUCACAGAACAUCAAGAGAAAGCAUGAAGCUGAAAAAGCCCAAAAGCAAGCAAACAACAAAAAUACUGUACUUCCAAAGAAGAAGCUUGAAGCCACUCACCGUGAAGCUGGUUUGAAGUCCAGCAUAUCCAGUGACAGUAAAGGAUUUGCAUUGUUACAAAAGAUGGGGUACAAGCCUGGUAUGGGAAUUGGAAAACAUGGUACCGGGCGGGUUGAACCUGUCUCAAUAGAACUAAAAAAUAAUCGAUCUGGACUCGGCAGAGACACAGAAAAAAAGAAAGUGAAACGCCAGAAGGCAGAGGAAAGACGCAAAGAAACAUUCGUGGAUAGACUGAAGGAGAGAUUUACUGAGAAAACUACAGUGAGAGAUUUGAGAACAGCACAAAAAGCCUGCAUACAGCUGGAUCAACAAGAG